AUGCCGAUGCUUUCUCUGUCUGGUGUUUUUAUGUCUUUGACAUCAUUCUGGCAGAACAUAGGCAUUAACAUCAACUUCCCAGAAAUACCAAUGCCUGCACCAAUUAAAAAAUGCUUUACAAUUUUACAAACGUUUUAUAAUGAUAUAAUUUUCAAUGUUGUACCUGAAAUUCCAAAGUUCGAUUAUCGCGCCAAACUUGUUAUAUUAUCUCUUGGCCUUACUCUCGUACUCGAUAUUGCAAUUAUGUGGUUCGUUAAUCCAAUUUGGCAAACAUUUCUUCACGUUGGCGAUAUGGCGGCAUUUGGCAUUUUAGGAUAUUUCUUAACAUAUGGACUAAUGGAAAAGUUUACGAUGACAUGCACAAUUCUUGUUCCUGUUUCUUGCGGCUGGCUACUUGUCAGAUUGCUUUUCAAGUGUAAAAAGUUUUGCAAGAAAGACAAAAGCUUAACAUCAAUCGCCGAAGAUCUAACUCAUCACUUUUUGCAUGAUAUCAUUCCAGGAAUUGAAAAGCUUGAUAACCUAGAAGAAAUUAACAAGAAGUUACAAAAGUACUCCGGAGUCAUCGAAAUUAUCCCUGUAAAGCCACCGUGGUGGAUUUUAUUCUUCCAAUUUAUCUUUGGCUGCAUUUUCAUUGCUGCUGGCCUUUGGUUCAGCGGAAUUUAUCAGAUCCCAGGAGUCACCAUCCCACCGCUAGUUGCUCUCUUUGGCCAGUACGUUCUAUACAUUUUGGGUUCAUUCCUCCUUAUUCUCUUCUUCUUGAAGGCAUUCCAAUGCUCCCGUAACUUCUUAUUCAAGCUCAAGAAGUUCAUCAAGCGCUGGGGCCUCAGAUUGCUCAUGUUCGCCCUUGAUCUUCUUUAUAUCCCAAUUCUUACAGUUUUCGUUUCCCAGAUUACCCCAAUUAAGACAGGAUGUGAAUACGGAACAAGUUUCCAUGUUAACUACGAUGGAAGCCGCUGGGAUCUUAUCCAAAACCAUUCCCACGUCUGCAUCCCAUGUGGAUUCCAAAUUUCCAAACAAUACGAAGGCUACUACGAUGCAGUUCACAACGGAACAAUCUCUUCUUUCAUUGAACAAAAUCCAGGCAUUGUUAACUAUACUUACGGAUAUAUUACAUCAGCCAACAACUACAAUUACCAAACAAUGACUGAGGCUCAAAAAGACAAGUGUUCCAACCUUUGUUCAGGCCACAAGACACUUUUCUUAGAAGCCGACCAAUCAUUGUACUGGUUCAAGGAAGUUAUACAAGUUAACGGCGGAUCCAUAUUAUUCACUGUCAUCUUCAUCAUGUUUGGCAUUCCAUUCCUUUAUUCCCACCUCAUUUUGCAUAACUCCUCAAUUAUCAAGGACAUGAAGGUCUUUGGUAACGAUGAAAAGGAGAAAUGGCAGAACUGUGUUUCAAGACUCCAUACAACAGGUAUCUUCCUUUUCGCUGAAUUCAUUUCAAUUAACGUUUUCUGGUCUGUUGGAGUUCUUUUCUACAAAUUCACAGUCAUGGCCAUGUCCACACUCACAUCUUCUGUCAACAAGUACAUUUUUACUUGCAUGCCAGUGAUUUAUCUUAUUAUGUUCAUAAUUGUUGUGAAGAGACGUCCACACAUGAACAAAUUCAACAAUGUAUUGGAUGCUAUCCUUUAUUUCCUCAACAUCCUCUUCUCAUUUGUUCCAAUUCUUGCACUUAAUAAGGUAAUUAUUCCAUCCAAGUAUUUAGUACCUGUUUCCUUCGCCAUUCUUGUUAUUCCAUUCAUCUCCAUCGCAUAUUUCAUCAUUGCUUCAAUGUGCCGUAAGCCAUCUGAAGACGAUCCAACAGUUAUCAGACACUUCUCAGAGGAAGAGUUGGAGGAGAGAGAAAUGAGAAUCAAGGCUCAGAAAAGAGCAAGAAGACCACGUAAAGGAAAGAAAGUCAAAGAAGAUCCAUUUGUCAUUGAAGAAAAUGUUCAACCACAACAGCAACAGCCACAAUACAUUCAGCCAGGUUAUCCACAAGGAAAUCAGUAUCCACAGUAUUAUCAGCAGAAUUAUUACCCACCAAACAUGGUUGACCCACAACAACAAAUGCAAAUGCAACAACAACAACCAAUGAUACAACUUGCUGAUCUCCAGGAUGUUGAUGAACUCGAUUUCCUCCCAGAAGAUUACACAACAAUCACAAUGGAACAGAUCGAAAGCAUCAAUAAAUCAAGACACAUGUCUCAGGAUGAAAACAAGACUUUCAAAGUUAACAAGAUUAUCCUCGCUCAGAGAAUGACUGAAAUGUACGACAUCUUUGAUUUGAUCAUUGAUGGUUCAACAAUCGGAAAACUCGCAAAAUUCCUUACUUCUGCUGUCCUUUUCGCUUCAGGUGCUUUGGGUUGGUUCAUAGCAGCAAUCAUGAUUAGAUACAAUCACAGAGAAACAGCUAUUUGCACUCAAUAUCUUUAA